CAGCUCUGUAUCUUGUGUAUAUAAGACAGGGAACAGCUGGUCUCUGCACCCAGCAUCACACACAGAAGCCAUCGAGCCUACAGACAUCUAUAUCCAUAGCAGCAUGGACCCUCAGAGCUGUGACUGCGGAACAGGAGCUUCUUGUUCCUGUGAAGUCUCAUGUAAAUGUCAGAAAUGCAAAUGUGCCUCGUGCAAAAAAAGUUGCUGCUCCUGCUGUCCGGCUGACUGCAGUAAAUGCCGCCAGGGCUGUCAGUGCACAGAUGGAUGUGGGACCUGCAGCUGCUGCAAGUGACGCUGCUACACAAGGAGCCACCAGCGAAGCCGUUACUGUCUGUUCUACGCACAAUGACGUGUAGUCUGAUCUCUGUGUUCCAGUCAAUGUCAUGUCUGCAGUAUUUAUGUCACGUGUCAUCUCCCUGCUGUCUAGUAAUAUGAAAU